AUGGCCGAGGAAGAGAACGCACGCUUGCGUCGAGAGUUGGAGGAUGCGUUGGCGCGUGCUGCCGCGUCGGAUGCGCGCGCCGCGGCUGCAGAGUCGGUCCUGUGUGUGGCGGACGGGCGCCUCGGCACCGUGCCCGACCUCCGCGCGUUCAUGGCCGCGUACGUCCGCGACGUGUGGCCGGCCGCGCCCGACGAGCUCGACGCCGCCGUCGCUGCCGCACUCGCCGAGUAUGCUCCGAGCGAGCGCAGCGCGAACGAGUCGGUCGAGUUCAGCUCGCACUCGAGCUCGAGCCAGCGCGGGCUCCGGUUCUCGGCGUUCCGGCGGCACCCGGAGGACGAUGUUGUCGUCAAACUCGUGCGGAGCGACGUGAUGAGCCUCCUCGGCAGAGCAGUGGUCGGCGCGCUCGGGGCCGGCGUUGCCGACGCGCUUGUGGCCGACCUCGAGCUCGCCCGCUCGUUCCUUGUCGUCGAACGAGCGCGUCAGCGGGCGGUAGCCGAGGCGGCGGGGGCAAGCAGCUCGUCGGCGGCAGUCUCGGAGGACUCGGUGGUCUUCUACGUCGCGCAGUGGUGGCUCGGGCAAGCGGCGGGCGCGGUGGCCGACGCGUGGCAGGUCUUUGACGGGCGCGGCGCCGAGGUCUCGGUGACGGUGCCGGUCACGGACCGCACGCAGCGGAGCUACACGGGCAAGACGGACGUCUUUGUGGGGCUCGGCGCAACGAGCGCCGACGCCGACGUCGCAGUCGAGGUCGAGCUUGGUCUCUGGUUUCUCGCCGAGCUCAAGCGGCCGUUCGACCGGCUGGCGGGCGGGGGCGGGAGCGCCAAGGACCAGCUCCUCCUCGAGGUUGCGGCGUAUGCGGCGUCGCGGGAGGCAUCACGCUCCGAGGAGGCUCCGUGGCGUCCGAUGGUCGGCGUCGUGACCGACCUCUUCCGCGUCAACGUGGCGUUCGACCUCCCCGACUCGGCGUGGGACGACGGGCCGUGGCAGCUGGGGCUGGGCACGCGCGUGGUGACGCCGGCGGCCGAGUACGUGCGCUUUCGCCGCAUUGCUGUCACGUUCGCGCUCGGAUUGGCCCUCGUCCUUGUCGCCUCGCCGCUUACAUCAGCGGCAUCUCCGGCAUGCUCGGCCACAGUCGGGCCCGGCUCGCUUGGUGCGGUAGUUGCGCCUGCUAUUACAACCGGUAUCAACUCGGCCUCCGACUACGUCCUCUGCCUCAACCCGGGCGUGUACGAGUUUUGUGACGGAACAACUGUCGUGCUCGAGCCGUCGGCGGCCUUUACGCUCCGCGGCGCCGGUUCGUCGCCAGAUACUGGCACAAGCUUCAUUUGCUCCACUCCGAUCACCAGCUCGAUGCCUCGAUUUGUUAUCGAGCCGUAUGCUGCGGUCCCGACCCUUACCUCGGGCUUCGCCCUCACUCUUGACUUUGACGACUUUGUCUUUGUCGAUUCCUACAACUCAGACACGUCUCCUUUGUUCUUCUCGUCGGGAAUCAUCGAUGAUGCCAUCUAUCUCACCAUCACCUCCUCCACAUUCCGCAACCUCACCGGCUUGCUCAUCAAGCACAAUGGGCUGGAGAGUCCCUCCGGCAACGUGCCGCUUCCGACAGUCAACAUCAUUGACACUACCAUCGCCGACUGCUCCGCCAGCCUCGCCGGUGCCAUCUACGCCGCCUCUGCACCCAACUAUCCGACGCUCAUCACUCUCGACAACGUCGUCGCCACCGGCAACACUGGUCUCGGCACCGAUGCGCCGGGCAUCAUCCAUCUCACCGACUCGCAGCUUGUCGUCUCGGGCUCGACGCAGAUCUCUGGCAACUCCGGCGACCGCGGAGGCGUCAUCCACGCAUCGGGCCCGCACGCUCUUGUUACCCUCAUCAGCUCGACAAUCUCCGACAACACUGCAAUCUUUGGUGGCGCAGUCUACGCCACCACAACAGCCACCCUGGUUCUCACAUCGACCUCUGUCACGCUCAAUUCGGCUUCUUAUGGCGGCGGCAUCUACAUUCGAGCUGCCGCGUCUGUUGUCACCAACGGUACCACAGAAGUCUCGAACAACCAAGGCCAAUGGCAUGGUGGCGGCAUAUAUGUGGGCACGGACGCAGUUGCCGACUUGCGCGACAACACUUUGGUGGAUGCGAACACAGCUGUGUACAAAGGUGGUGGCAUCUUUUCAGAUGGGACGCUCAACAUGCGCUUCACCAAGGUCCGCGACAACCGGGUCCUUUCUUCGAGUUUGGCGUCUGCCGGUGGCGGCAUCUAUGCCACCGGUCCGCUCGACAUGUAUGAUGGCCACCUCACCGGCAACACCGCCUUGAACGGCGGCGGUUUGUACCACGACCCAGACGUAAGCGUCACCGCCACUCUCUACGACGUUUGGAUCAGCUCGAACAUCGCCAUCGACGCGGGUGGAAGCAUCUUUGUCGGUGACAACUCGGAGUUUUCCUGCGAUGCCUCAAACAUCCGCUCAUCUUCCGCCACGCGUGGCGCCGCCGUCUUUGUCGACGGCGCCAUCUCGUUUGACUCGGGCUCGAUCAAGGACUGCGUCGCCACCAUCGGCGGUGCUCUCUACGUCAACGCCGGCUCCGUCUCGGCCGACUCGUUCCUCAUCGAGUCCAACACGGCCACCGAUCGCGGCGGCGGUGUCUACUCGCAUGGCUCGAUUUACAUGGUCGAGUCGUCGUCGGACUUCAACACCGCUCAGCGUGGCGCUGGCUUUUAUCUUGGAGGCGGCACCGCUUUUCUUGAUAGCACGGGCGCCGACGACAACAUGGCAACGCUCUCCGGGGGUGGCAUUUUUGUUGGCGGCGACACUGAAGCCAACAUCACCUCGUGCACCAUCAACAACAACCACGCGCCGUCGGGUGCUGGCGUGAUGGUCAACACCACCUCGCCGACUCCUGUCCGCUUCGACUGGGUCUCCAUCGACGGCAACUAUGGCUCCGCGGCGGCUUCUGCCGCCCUCCAUGUCGUCAACGGGCACGUGUCGGCCGUCGACUCGGUCGUCUGCGAUAACUACUCCAAGGCAUGCUUGGUCAACGUCUACUGCGAUGACACCGGGUCCACCUCUGGCCUGGCCAAUGGAUGUGGUGUCCGCGAUUCGUGCUUCCACGGCAUCGCCGCAUGCGCGCGUCCGUCAACCGGAGGCAACUCGCCGUGCUCUUCAUGCUACAGUGGCUGGACUGGUGCCGCUUGUGACAUUGCGACCAACUGCUACUCGCCGGACGAUCCUGGCGCCCAAUGCCAGGCAUCAUCCGCGCCGGCACCUCCUCCUCCGCCAUCGCCGCCGCCGCCAUCGCCGCCGCCGCCACCCUCGCCUCCUCCAUCGCCGCCACCGCCAGCCUCGCCGCCGCCGCCACCGCCGCCACCGCCACCGUGCGAUGAGCCGGCGUUCCUUGAUAGCUGCGGCGUGUGCUCGGGUCCGGGGACCGGGCAUGUUCCGGACUCGGACCAGGACAUUUGCGGCGUUUGCUUCGGAGACGAUAGCAGCAUCGAUGCAUGCGGUGUCUGCUUUGGUACCAACGCGUGCCUCGAUGCAUGCGGCGUGGCGUGGGGCAACAACGCGACGUGUGCCGGCUGCGACAGAGUGCCCAACUCGGGCAAGGUCCGCGACGUCUGCGGCGUGUGCGGCGGCGACUCGACAUCGUGCCUCGGCUGUGACGGGCUCCCGAUCCCGCUCGGCGGUGCCAACUUUGAUGCUUGUGGCGUGUGCGGUGGCUCGGCCGUCGGCGUGUGCUACGGCUCAUGUGAUGCCAACGCCACCGUGCCUGUAGUCUUUGACUGCGCGGGCGUGUGCAACGGCACUGCCUUUGUCGAUGACUGCGGUGUGUGUGUUGGCGGUACCACCGGCGUCACACCGUCGAUUCAUCGCGACGGAUGCAAUGUGUGCUUCGGCAACUGCGAGGGCUGCCCGGGUGGUCUGAUUGCCGAUGAUUGUGGCGUGUGCGGCGGUGACGGUUCGACCUGCGGCGGCUGCGAUGGCCUCGGUGCGCUCGUCGAUGCUUGUGGCGUGUGCAACGGAACCGGCGUGACGUGCCGGCUCUCGUGUGAUGGCGUGCCCGGUGGGAAUGCCAUCUAUGACUGCGCAGGACAGUGCGGCGGCAAUGCUGCGGUCAACGAGUGCGGCUUCUGUGUCGGCGGAGUGACCGGCCUGACGUCGGCGACCUUUGUUGACCAGUGCGGUGUGUGCUUUGGCGGCGGCCGCGAUCUCGAUAGCUGCGGUGUGUGCUUUGGCAACGACGCCAUGCUCGAUGCGUGCGGUGUCUGCAAUGGCGGCGGUGCUGCCGUCGACGAGUGUGGCGUCUGCUUUGGCGGUGGCCAUCUCGUUGAUGUUUGCGGUGUGUGUCGCGGUAACGGGACCAGCUGCGCCGGCUGCGACUCGAUCUCCAACUCGGGCCUGGUCACCGACGACUGUGGAGUGUGCGGCGGCGACGGCGUGUGUUCCGGGCGCGUCUCUGCUGUGUCGGCCGCCUACAUUGUACCGAUUGUCGUGGCGUCAUCUGCUACCUGCGUUAUUCUUUUGCUCCUCGUGCUCGCUGUCUUCUACUGGCGCUACCGCAAGCGGUUCUCCAAGAUCUACCUCGAGGAAAAGGCCGAAGAGGCGGCUGCAACUGCGCCGUCGGGCCGCGUCGCCGUCCUCAUCACCGACGUCCAGAGCUCGACGUACCUGUGGGAGGCGUAUCCAGAGAUCAUGGUCGACGCCAUCGACGCCCACAACGCCACUUUCCGCGAGAUACUCGAGGUACACAACGGGUAUGUGAUCCGGACAGAAGGCGACUCGUUUGUGGUAGCGUUCUCCAACAGCGGCGAUGCCGUCACCGCCGCCGUCGCCAUCCAGACGGCGCUUCAGGAGCUGCCGUGGCCAGCGCCGAUUCUAGCCGAUACCAAGGUCCCGACCGUCGACGGAGUCUUUCGCGGCGACGGAGUCUUUCGCGGCCUCCGUGUCCGCAUGGGCAUCCACUCGUGCAUCCCCACCCGCGUCUUUGAGGCCCGCACCCAGCGGUUCUCGUACCUCGGGCCGAUGAUGAUCGACGCGCAGCGCGUCGCCGAAGCGGCUGCCGAACUCGACUACACGCUCCGCCCGCUGGGCACGCUCCGCCCGCUGGGCACAUACCGUGGCGAUGACGUCGAUGACGACGACGCGACCAGCUACGUGCUCGCUCAGGUCGAGGUGCCAGGACUCGAGGGCCGCAGCGCCGCGUUUGCCGACUACGAGCUGCGCGGUCUGGUGCGGCUCGACAAGAGUGAGCCGGCCACCGUCGAGGGCAGCGAAAUGGUCAUCUGCGACAUCGACGACUCGCUGUCGUCAACGCUCGACAUAGACGACGAGUUGGCGAUGCCGCAGAGCCCGGCAGUUCUCGUCCGCGCGGCCACGUCGAGCUGCCUCGACUCGUCGCUCAACACGUCAAUGCCAAACAUCCGAGUGAGCCAGAAGGUGCGGGAUGUGUCACGCUCUGGCGCCUCGCCGCAAGGCGUCAGCCGCGUCCGGGCCGCAUCAAGCACUGUGGCGUCGCGCCGGCAGCGGACGCUUUCGCCGCGGGCGCUGACCCGCGUGACAACCACCGACGCAGCGAACCGCCGGCGCAGCUCGCUCUCGCGCACAGCGUCUUCGGGUCGCUCGCAGAGUCGCAUCGCGCGGGCCCGGUCGUCGUCGACGGUCCAGCGAAACCUGACCGGCGAGUCGGGCGACGAGCCGUCGACGGAUCUCACGUCGAGCCCGAAGCCGCGCUCCCGGAACCUGCCGCGUCUGUCGCGGCGGGCAUCGCGCCGCGGCACAGCGGUCAAGCCAGUCUCCCCGUAA